UUUUAAAAUUUGUUUUUUGGGUCAAUAUCUGGACAAAACCUGCAUGAGCUCCAAAUUUUUUGCUUUAACUCGGGCCUUGUCCUGGACAAUCUCCGGAUGAGGUUUUAAAACAAUGAUGGUAACUAUCUAUGCUAUGCCUGUUGUGUCCAGAGACAGUAGCAAACGCUGCCUUAGUUAUAUGUUUUGGAGGUGUAAGCAAAGUCGAGUUCCAUUAAAUAAUGCUCAAGACAAGACCUCCCUCUUUUUUAUCCCCCUACCAUCUCCCUCUUUCAAACCUCAACUUCCAAACCCAAAAAGAACAUCAUCAAACCUUAACUGAAAGGCUUUUGUCUCUGAUAAAACAAUGCAAAUCCAAAAACCUAUUAAAACAAAUCCACGCACAAAUGCUUAUAAACUCAAUACCAAAACCCAAUUUCCUUCUUUCCAAAAUCAUUGACCUCAAAGACUUGGCCUAUGCAUCCCUUGUUUUUAAUCAACUCACCAAACCCAAUAUUUAUGCCUUCAAUGUCAUGCUUCGUGGGUUAGCUACCACAUGGAAAAAGUAUGAUUUUUGUGUUGAAUUGUAUUACAAGCUGAAGUCUUUAGGCCUAAAAGCAAAUAAUUUUACAUACCCUUUUUUGUUUAUAGCUUGCGGGAAUGUUUGGGGUUUGGUUCAUGGAAAGAUUGGUCAUUGUCUGGUGUUUAAGGUUGGUUUGGAUGGUGAUGAGUAUGUGAAUCAUUCUUUGAUUACGAUGUACGCAAGGGCUGGUGAAAUGGGUUUUGCACGGAAGGUGUUUGAUGAAAUGGGUGACAGAGACUUGGUGUCGUGGAAUUCGAUGAUUUCAGGGUAUUCUAAGAUGGGUUUUGCUAAGGAGGCGAUUGGGUUGUUUAUGGAAAUGAGGGAGGAGGGGUUUGAGCCAGAUGAGAUGACGUUGGUGAGUGUUCUUGGGGCGUGUGGGGAUUUGGGGGAUUUGGGUUUGGGGAGAUGGGUGGAGGGGUUUGUUUUGGAGAAGAAGAUGGAGGUAAAUUCGUAUGUGGGGUCUGCUUUGAUUGACAUGUAUGGUAAGUGUGGGGAUUUGAUAUCUGCGAGGAGGGUCUUUGAUUCGAUGCCAAACAAGGAUGUUGUCACCUGGAAUGCCAUUAUCACAGGGUAUGCACAGAAUGGAGCUUCCAAUGAAGCAAUUGUCCUAUUCAAUGGAAUGAGAGAGGCAGGGCCUAAUCCAGAUAAAGUCACAAUGAUUGAAGUAUUGUCUGCAUGUUCCACAAUCGGGGCCCUUGAUUUGGGGAAAUGGGUUGAGACACAUGCAUCAGAAAGAGGUUUGCAGCACGAUGUCUAUGUUGCGAGUGCAUUAAUUGAUAUGUAUGCAAAAUGUGGGAGCUUGGAUGAUGCACUCAGGGUUUUUGAGAGGAUGCCCCGUAAAAAUGAGGUUUCAUGGAAUGCCAUGAUUUCAGCUCUUGCUUUUCAUGGGCAGGCCCAGGAAGCUUUGUCAUUAUUCAGGCGCAUGUCAAAGGAUAAUGGCACUGUUCAGCCUAAUGACAUCACUUUCAUAGGAGUACUCUCUGCAUGUGUGCAUGCCGGGUUAGUUGAUGAGGGCCGUCAAUUGUUUGAAUCAAUGAAUUUGUCAUUUGGAUUGGUCCCAAAAGUCGAGCAUUAUUCUUGCAUGGUUGAUCUUUGUGCACGUGCAGGACUUCUGUACGAAGCUUGGGACUUAAUCAAGAAGAUGCCUGGAAAACCAGAUGAAAUUGUGUUGGGGUCAUUGCUUGGUGCCUGUCAGAGGCGUAGAAAUGCAGAUGUUGGUGAAAGGGUCAUUCAAUUGCUUCUAGAGAUGGAGCUAUCAAAUUCAGGAAACUAUAUUAUCUCAUCUAAGAUAUAUGCAAAUAUGAGAAGGUGGGAUGAUUCUGCAAAAAUGAGGGUGUUGAUGAGGCAGUGUGGUGUCUCUAAAACCCCUGGCUGUAGCUGGAUUGACAUUGGAGCUCAUGUUCAUGAAUUUCAUGCUAGUGACAACUUACAUCAUCAUUCGGUGAACAUAUACCAACUGCUGAAUGAGGAGAUGAAGAGAGAAGGUUACAUUCCAAAUAUUGGUUGCAUAUAAAGUUGGAAAAGUUGAAAACUUGCUUGCCUCUAUCAGGCAUUGAUCAGUGCAUACGGAGGGAUUAUAUCUUGCUUGAUGACUCCAGCCAAAAUGUUGAAUGGUAAGUUGUAAGUUGUGAUCUUAAUAGCGUAAGCAAGGAGCUCUAUCUCGCUGAUAGAAAUGUACAGUUUACCCUCGCUUGAGUAUGUUUCUGUAGAAUGAAAAUGGUUGAUUCU